AUGCCUAAACGACUCAAUGAAGUGAUUUUGGCGAAAGGGGAGAUGUCGGACAAACCGGAGAGCAGCAAGACUCGACUCGAAGAGGAUAUCAUCGAACCAUUGUUCCAAAAGGAUUUCUUGUCACAGUUGCCAGAGGAGAUUGCUUAUCGCAUCAUCGCCUAUUUGACACCGUGCGAUUUGACGGUUUGUGCUGGCGUUUUGCGGACGUGGCAGCGACUUUGUGAAGAUGAUCGGAUGUGGCGACCGAAAUGUUUGGAGAAAGGAUAUGUGAAAUUUGAUGCGCCAAGGUGUGUUUCAGUUUUGAGCAAA